GACAGGUGAGGAGGCAGGGAGUGGGUGAGGACUCCCUUUUGGACAGACAAGACCAGGGGGCGAAGUGGGAAUAAGUCACCCCUCCCCCACCCCCAGCAAGAAAACCUUUUCUACAAACAGGAGAAGCCAAGCAGGACUGAGCGCCCAUGUCCCCACCCAAACAUCUUUCCAAAGAGGCAUGUGGGGCCUGACAGCUCAGCGGCGCAUGUCAGCGGCUCCAGCCCCGCAGUGAACAUCUGAACUCCUCGGCGGGGUAAUGGACCCCCUCCGUCCCCCCCGGAGACACAGCCUGAGUGGCAGGAAUACCGAUCCUUCGGAGAGUGGCUCCUUCUCAGCUCUGUCACGCAAGAACGCUCUCGGCGCCGGGGCCCAUUCUGCCAAGUGACUUAAAGGGAUUAAAAAAAAAGAAGAAAACUACGUGAAGCAAAGGGGGUAAAAGCCACGCAGAAGCUUUUCAGAGGAGGUGGUGCCAGCAGACAAAAGGGCAAAAGUUGAAAGAGGACAGCAGAGGCCACCUCCGCCGGAUGGAUGCCAGGCUGUAGGGCAUGCCUGGGGAGCAGGGGCCCAGAACACCCUCAGGCUGCAUACGGGGGUCCUGGGACUGCAGGGGGGGCCUCUGCAGACCCCUAAUGCACACCCCUCACUCCGGGGGGAGAGGCCGGUGGUGCCUGAAGCCUAGGGGACAGAGGACGCUGCUCUAGGCCCGAAGUCACAUCUGAGCACGAGGAGCCCAGCAGAGCACAGGGUGUCCUCCCUGCUCCCCAGGGCACCCCCAGCUCCACACGGCACCCCGAGUCUGUGGCCCACACCUGAGUGCCAGGGCCGUGGGGCCAGAAUGUGAGUGUGUCCAGGCCCAGCGCAGCCAGAGCAGCCAGUGCAGAGACCCCAGCAGGCUCCGGGCUGCAGCUAAGGUGUCGAAGCUCCAGAUCAGGUGGGGCCCGGCUCCCCCCAGCCGUCCACCAUGGUGGUGGCACAGCCCACCGCCACCGCCACCGCCGCCCCUGCCGCCACCGUCACAGCCACCGUCGUGAUGACCACGGCCACCAUGGACCUGCGGGACUGGCUCUUCCUCUGCUACGGCCUCAUCGCCUUCCUGACGGAGGUCAUCGACAGCACCACCUGCCCCUCCGUGUGCCGCUGCGACCACGGCUUCAUCUACUGCAAUGACCGGGGGCUCACCUCCAUCCCCGCCGACAUCCCCGCCGACGCCACCACCCUCUACCUGCAGAACAACCAGAUCAACAACGCCGGCAUCCCCCAGGACCUCAAGACCAAGGUCAGCGUGCAGGUCAUCUACCUGUACGAGAACGCCCUGGACGAGUUCCCCGUGAACCUGCCCCGCUCCCUGCGGGAGCUCCACCUCCAGGACAACAACGUGCGCGCCAUCGCCAGGGACUCGCUGGCCCGCCUCCCGCUGCUGGAGAAGCUGCACCUGGACGACAACUCGGUGUCCACCGUCAGCAUCGAGGAGGACGCCUUUGCCGACAGCAAGCGGCUCAAGCUGCUCUUCCUGAGCCGCAACCACCUGAGCAGCAUCCCUUCGGGGCUGCCGCGCACCCUGGAGGAGCUGCGCCUGGACGACAACCGCAUCUCCACCAUCCCGCUGCACGCCUUCAAGGGCCUCGACAGCCUCCGGCGCCUGGUGCUCGACGGCAACCUGCUGGCCAACCAGCGCAUCGCCGACGACGCCUUCAGCCGCCUGCAGAACCUCACCGAGCUCUCGCUCGUGCGCAACUCGCUGGCCGCGCCGCCGCUCAACCUGCCCAGCGCCCACCUGCAGAAGCUGUACCUGCAGGACAACGCCAUCAGCCACAUCCCCUACAACACGCUGGCCAAGAUGCGCGAGCUGGAGCGCCUGGACCUGUCCAACAACAACCUGACCACGCUGCCCCGCGGCCUGUUCGACGACCUGGAGAGCCUGGCCCAGCUGCUGCUCCGCAACAACCCGUGGUUCUGCGGCUGCAGCCUCAUGUGGCUGCGGGACUGGGUGACGGCGCGGGCGGCCGCGAUCAGCGUGCGCGGCCUCGUGUGCCAGGGCCCCGAGAAGGUCCGCGGCAUGGCCAUCAAGGACAUCACCAGCGAGAUGGAUGAGUGCUUCGAGACAGGGGCGCAGGGCGGCUCGGUCAACGCCGCGGCCAAGACCACGGCCGGCAGCCACGCCUCUGCCACGACACCCCAGGGCUCGCUCUUCACCCUCAAGGCCAAGAGGCCCGGGCUGCGCCUCCCUGACUCCAGCCUCGACUACCCCAUGGCCACGGGCGACGGCGCCAAGACCCUGGUCAUCCACGUGAAGCCCCUGACGGCGGACUCCAUCCGCAUCACGUGGAAGGCCACGCUGCCUGCCUCCUCGUUCCGCCUCAGCUGGCUGCGCCUGGGCCACAGCCCGGCCGUGGGCUCCAUCACGGAGACGCUGGUGCAGGGGGACAAGACCGAGUACUUGCUCACAGCCUUGGAGCCCAAGUCCACCUAUAUCAUCUGCAUGGUCACCAUGGAGACCGGCAACACCUACGUGGCUGACGAGGCGCCCGUGUGCGCCAAGGCGGAGACGGCAGACAGCUACGGCCCCACCACCACGCUCAACCAGGAGCAGAACGCAGACCCCAUGGCGGGCCUGCCCCUGGCGGGCAUCAUCGGCGGGGCCGUGGCCCUCGUCUUCCUCUUCCUGGUCCUGGGGGCCAUCUGCUGGUACGUGCACCGGGCCGGGGAGCUGCUGGCCCGGGAUCGGGCCUACAACCGGGGCAGCCGGAAAAAGGAUGACUAUAUGGAAUCCGGGACCAAGAAGGACAACUCGAUCCUGGAAAUCCGAGGCCCUGGGCUGCAAAUGUUGCCCAUUAACCCUUACCGCGCCAAAGAGGAGUAUGUGGUCCACACCAUCUUCCCCUCCAACGGCAGCAGCCUCUGCAAGGGCACGCAUACCAUCGGCUACGGCACCACGCGGGGCUACCGGGACGGCGGCAUCCCCGACAUAGACUACACCUACACAUGAUGCCGGCCGCCCGGGCCGCCUCCGCCCCAGCUCCCGCCUCCUCCCGGCCCGGCGACGACGUGGCUUUGCCCCAGCCUGCUGCCAUCCCGUAGUGCAAGGAAGAGAAAUUCCCUGAUGACUUUCCCAGCAGAAAGCAAAGUUUGGGAAGACGGGUUGAUGAUUUUCUAGAACACGACAGUGGAAAAAAAAAUUUUUUUUUUUCUCUAAAGAAUAGAAGGUAGGAGGGGGAUUUGACGUUGGUGAAGACAUAAUUUAUACCAAAUUAUGCCAGGUGGGGAGGGAAGGACUAAAAAUAAUAUUGCAGGCAGGGUUGGGUCAGGUUUUUUUGUUGGUUUUUUUUUUUUCUUUUCCUGAACUGGAAAGAUACUACCUGUACAGCGUCUGCGUUCGCCUAGUGCUCUGUUCAGGGCCGUCACAAAAGGGCCGUCAGAGAGAAGAGCCAACAGGCGAGGCCCCCGCGCAGCCUCGCUGCCGGCUGCUGACAACGACGCGACGGAAGGUUUCCGGCUCCUCGCAAAGGAGAGGGGGGAAGAAAAGAUCUUUUUUGCUACAGAGAUAUUGUCCUGAAACCUCUUCCCGGGUUCUUUCCUCACCGUUUCCCUUGCAGGUUUGCAGAAAGAACACGUCUCUUACUGCAUUCUUUGAACAAUGGUGUAGUCCAUUAAAAAGCAAACUUUCUUUAUACUAUCCUGCAACCCUCUUCAGUUGCGUGCGUCACGCUCCCAGCCACCCGGAGGUGCGCCCAUCUCCUCGUCUGUCUCUACGUCCUGUCUCUAAGUACAGACGGGGAGAUGGAACCACACAGACACGGUCCUUACUACUUCUUGGGUCAGUUCGUACAAUUUCCCGAGACAAUAGAGUCACGAAAAUGUUGUUUCUGCCUAGAAAUCAUUGAGUAAGUAGACGAAGGGGGGUGGGGGACAAUGCUGUUCCUAAAGGCGGAGGUGUGUCUGUCCUGGUCGGGCGGCUCGGGAGACCCCAGGCGAGGGGUGCUCUCGGUGCGACCCUAUCUCAGGUUGGCCAGCGCUGGGCCACGCUCCUUUCUGAUACAGAGAAACGCUUUCUCUGACUGCCAGUGUCCUUGUCUCUCUCUCUCUCCCCUUGCCACCCCCCAACACACAGAUACAGUCACCUCAACAGCGACUUUCUUGUUUCCUCUGUACCCCGUGCUUCCUCCCAGGACAGGUAAUUGGCGCAGGGACUUUUUUCUUUUCUUUUUUUUAUCAGCUGAUUAGACCUAAUGGUUUCCAUGGCUGCUCACACGAGGCUCAGAAAAAGACAUGAAAAUUCUCAGAAGAGCCCUGGGAGACAGCAACCCCCCCUCCACCCGCCGAACGCAGAUCACUCAGCAGUCAGCACCCUCCCCCCGCACCCUGCUCCGAGGGAAGACUAAAGCUCCAGAGAGGCCAGCAACCGAAGGGCACUGACCGGGGGCCCUCGGAAGAAUUCAGGUUUUAUUUCCUCCCUCUGGAACGCGUGUCGCCACCAUUGAUCCACAUGGCAUUGCGAUCUGGUGAGCCGUGAGAUGAAAACAAUAAUGAAACAAUGGCGGCAGAUCUGGAAAGGAGGGCGGGGCGGUCCUCGGCACCCAGGGAGCCUGGGUCACCACCUGUCAGCGGGCCGCGUGUGCUGUGCUGCGGAAGAGCCAUGUCAAAGGAGAGGCCUGGUCCGAGGGCAGGGAGGAUGAGAAGGUUGUCCAGCUCCUGGUGGUGGCGUUUUCAAAAGGCCUCAACUGCUUUGACAAAAAAGCCAAAGGCGGGAACAGGAAGCUGAACACAGGGCUGCCAGGACAGACCCGGGGGCCGGCCACUCGCCGCUCCUGACAACAUGUGCCCCUUUGGCGAAGAGGCAGGGGUUGAAAGAAGUGGACACAAGAGCCGCCUGAGCAGGGUGGAGGACGGUGGGUCUCCCCUGACGGGGAAGGCCAGCUCCCCAGCCCCGGGGAGGGGUGGAGGGCAAUGGAUGGCUCUCUCUAAACUAAAGCCUCCCGCCCCCGCCCAAACUUCCCCACUUGAAUCAUUUUCUCAUACAAUGAGAUCAGGAGAGAGAUUUUUUUCCAAGCCUUAAUUUCAUGUCUCUGUGAAGGUCGUGCUCCCUUUGACCUGCAGCGCGAGCCCCCCCCCCCCCCACACUCAGGCCCUUUCCCACAGCCUGGGGAGGAGCAGAGGGUGUGUUGGGAGGUGGGGCAUUGGCUCAGGAAGGGGGGGCAGGGACCGAAGCCCGAGGUCCCUGCUGUUUCAGAAACGAGGUCCCCUCCCUCAAGGCACCACCCGUGCCUUCUCCCCGGGGUCCCAGGCCUCGGCCUCCCCAUGGCCGCCCCACCAAGUCCCUCCUGCGGCCAUGCUUGGUCCCUCAGUCUUACUCUGGGUCCUCCUUUCUCCUUGUACCACACCAGGAAGAGGUCAGAUUACCCCCUUAGAGGUUAGGAAGGCAUUUGGGGAGUGGCAGACGGUGGAGAGCAAGGGCUGGGAAGGCCUGUGGGUCUCGAAGGCCAGGCCUGAGGGGGCAAGCUUCCCUCCCCCGCAGAACAGGCCAGACCCACCUGGGCCUCAGGACAUUCAGGUGUCCUGCCUACGGUGGGCUGCUGCAGGCGUCCCUCUGAGGACAGUGGACAGUCGCCGGCCAGGCCACGGGGCCGCUCUCACGGGUCUACCCUUGGCAUCAGACAUCCUCCCAGACUCCUGAGCGAGCUCCCAAAUGUCUGCCUUCUCACGGCCCCUCAAGCCAAGGAGGGAGCCUGAAGCCACGUCCACUCUGAAACCAUGUCCCCUCCUGGUCCAGCUCCUCUGAGCCCCUCCCGGCCUCCCCCCCAGCCCCCUAGCAGCACGUGAGGACACAUGCCAGACCACCACUCUGUCUAGACUCUCCCCACUGUGGGCAGCCGCCCUGACCCUUGCCACCUCUAACUAGCCGGCAUACCCUUGCUAGUCUCGGCGUUGAUGAGUGUAUUUUGUGGCGUUUAUAGCAGGUUUUUAAGUAAAAAAAAAAAAAGAGAGCCCACGACACUUCUUUGGUUAAGUGGUCUACCCUUCGUGGUAAUUAGAUGUAGUGAUUAGAAUCUCUUUUCUAUUACAUGGCAAUUUUCCUUUAAAUUUCCCCUAAAAAAAAAAAAAGAAGAAGAAGAAAAGAAAAAAGGAAAGAAAAGGCAAGGAAGGAGGGAAGGCAGGGCCAGGCGAGUCAUUUGCAUUUUGCGAAUGCGGCCUCUUGUAAGCUCGGCUCAGGCGUGGGGCCCGACGUAUGGAAUGCUUAAGAGAUUACUAAGAAUAAAAUCUAUUAAUUAGUCA